GAACUCCUCCAGUAUUCCGGAUUUUGGGCCCCCGAACACGAAACCCACCCAAGUCGAUGGAGGACGGCGAUGGGGAGGAAGGCACCGCCAAGCGCGCCAAGCUCUCCGCCGGCGACGGCGGCGGCGGCGGCGGCGAGGACCGCCUCAGCGCGCUUCCCGACGACCUGCUCGUCCAAAUCCUUCUCCGGGUAGGGACGAGCGCCGCCGCGCGGACCAGCGUCCUCUCCCGGCGCUGGCGCUCCCUCUGGUACCUCCUCCCGGAGCUCGAUUUCGUCUCCACAGCCGACGCCCGCGCCAUCCGCGCCGCCCUCGCCUACCAUGGAGCGCCUCCCCUCCGCCUCCUCCUCGUCUCCGCCGUGGGCGCCACCGCUGGAUCCGUCGCGGAAUGGCUCCCCCUCGCCGCGCGCCGCCUCUCCGGCUAUCUAGGGCUUCUCAACGUGGUGCCGAAGACGAAGAGAGACGAGGGGGAGGGCGCCGCCGCUGGAGAAGUUCUUGAGCUGCCCUGCUUCGCCAGCGCCGCCAACCUCGCGCUGGACCUAGGGUUCAUUGCCGUCGCCAUGCCGCGCUCCGGCGUGUUCUCCCGGCUCACCCUCCUCUCACUCGACAACGUCCGGUUCCACCGCCCGUGCGACCUCGGCGACGCCGUCUCCUCACCGCGGUCCCCAUUCCUGAAGAGACUCACCAUCCAGAAUGCCCAUGGGUUGAGCAAUCUCAGCAUCCACUCGGAGUCUCUCCUGCAGAUUCGUUUGGGGGGACUGAAAGGAUUGAAGCAGCUCAAUGUCGUUGCGCCGGCACUCGGCGCGCUAUAUGUGAUCUCCUGCUUCUCCGAUCCUCUGGCUAUGAGUCAACCGGUGGCCGACAUCUCAGCCCCUCAGCUGGAGACUCUCCACUGGGAGGAUGCUUUCGAUCCAAGCUCCGUCCGGUUUGGCAACAUGGCAAAUGUCAAGUGUCUGGGAACUCACUUUUAUCUUGCAUUUGGACAAGAGGACUUCGGCCACAAUGGCGAUUGUUUAAGGCUGUUGCAGCGCUUUCAGUUUGAUGCCCUCGACCGUCUUUCCCUCACGCUUGCCUAUAUGUCGGAACUAAAUGACCUUGAAAAUGAAUACUUGAUGGAAGAAAUGACAAUGCUCCCUGACAUUAUGUUCCUGGGCCUUACUGUAUUGGCAAGUGGACAUGCCAUUGGUCCCAGCGUAUUCCAUGUUCUGAGAAUGAGCACUAGUAUAAGAAGGUUGGAGCUGGCAACAGAUAUUUAUUCUAGUAAUCCGCAGGCACGAGCUGCAUGUUCAUCAAGUUGCACUUGUGAUCUUCCACCAAAUUGGAAAACUGAGGAACUAAAGUUGGCAUUCCUUCAUGAGGUAGAAAUCAAUAACUUCAGGGGAACCGAACAUCAAAUUGCUCUUGUGAAGCAGCUAUUCGGUUGGGCAGCAAUGCUGAAAGACAUGACAAUAAAUUUCUGUCAUUCAAUCACUGAGAGCAUGGCAAGGAAGGUGUGCCAGAUGUUACUAAGUUUCUCUAGGCCAGAAAUACUCAUGAAUUUUUACAUUUACCAACAAACGACAUCAGGUUUUGUAUGUUCCAGAGGACAAAUGCACCGCACUAAACUUGUUGCUUGAUUGUACUCAUUUUGCUUUCCAGUGUUGUAUACUUUGGUAUGAACUGUAUUGCAUGUAAACAUCAAAAUGGUAACAGAAUCCUGUACAAGGUUAGUGUCACAAAUUCUAUUACCCAUGAUAAAGACUUUUUAUUGGUUAAUGUCUUUUCUUUUUA